CACUACUUCAUUUUACUGGUUGGUCGACACACACUCUUUUUUUCUAACUCUCUGUCACAAAUGAGCCAGGUUAGUAACAUUGCCUUCAGUAGCGUGUUUUCCAAAUUUCUAUAACGUACCACAGCAUAAAUCAUUUUCUCUGUGUCUACAUGAACACGUCUCAGUGCACUUUGAAGCUUCUCAAGCUAGCUUAGUUUGCUAGCUGCUAACAAAGAGACGCGGAAGUGAAUCAACACAACGCUAAGCAGAACUCAAGUGUGAGUGUAAAGUGUCGUGAUUGUGCGAAAAUGAGUAAACUACAAAUGCAGAGGGCCGAACCGCGGCAGCUGGAGAAAUAUUUCUAGUGUUGAAAAGAACGAUAGCAUUGUACGAAGAGGAACUUUGUGGAACAAACGAGGAGAACGAGCGACACCGUCAACUACUGGACGCUGUUUUCAAGAAGCAUCAAGUUGAAACCAUCAGACGUCCGUGAAGAAUAUCAUCCCCCCUGAGCAGCAGGGGUGGAGCUCCAGGAUGGAGUGGGACGAGCCACAGCCCCCCCACAUUAAAAAGGAGGAGGAGUCUCCCUAUGUAAAAGAAGAAGAGGAAGAGCUACUGCCCCUCUAUGUUAAAGAGGAAGAGGAGGCGCUACAGCCCCCUCAUAUUAAAGAUGAAGAUCACAGCAUUGGUCAGGAGGGAGAGCAGCUUGAGGAGCUGGAGGAGUUCCCAGUGAUUCGUGUCAUUGUGAAGGGUCAAGAUGAAGAUGAAGCAGCUGCUGUAAACCACUGUGGAGGAUCACAAGCAUGCAACCUCAUUGCCCAAAUAACAUCCACAAUGGCUGACGGAGGAGAAAUCGACAUGGUGUCAGACAUCCUUAAACAUCCAUUUUCAAAGCGGACUUUUCCAGAGAAGCUAGACAUCGUACGUAGAGGGCGGCCAACCCCGAAGCUAGUUAGCUUGUCUCAGCAGGGGAAAGGGUUUGUUCGCCAUUUCCAGAGCAGUGCUUACGAGCGCUACAACUGGCUUACAGCCUCAAAGGGGCAUUGCAAGUUAUACUGCUGGGAAUGCUUGUUAUUUGCAAGUGAUCGAACGGGCGUUUGGAGUAAUAAAGGGUUUGCCAACUUGAGCUGCCUAAGCAAGGCAGCGGUGCGACACCAAGCCACGGCGGUUCACUUGAAGGCUGCUGUGCUUUUGAGAACAUUUGGGGAACCCAGAGUUGAUCUCCGGCUCAACGAACAAGUGUGCAGAGAAACGGAGCUCCACAAUGAAAAGGUGAACAAGAACAGGGAAAUAUUGAAAAGACUGAUAGACUGUGUGAUUUUUUUGGGUAAACAGGAACUUUCAUUCAGGGGACACACCGAAAGCGCUGGAUCCGCAAACAGAGGGAACUACAUGGAGCUUCUUUCUUUCCUGGCUGAAAACAAUGCAGAAUUGCAUUACCAUCUGUCCACUAAUAAAGUGUUUUGCGGGGCGUCAGGGAAAAUACAGAAUGAUCUGGUUAAUGCUAUCGGUGAGGUGAUGAGGGACGAGAUCAGAAAGGAGGUUCGUGAGGCCCCCUUUGUUGCUGUCAUGGUGGAUGAGGCGACCGAUGCAAGUAACUCGGCGGCGCAGCUCGCACUGGUCCUGCGUUAUGUGACAGCGGCGGGUGUCAAGGAGCGCUUUGUCACAUAUGAAGACGUUCCAAGCGGCAGAAGAGCUGACGACGUUGCCGCUCUUAUCGUCUGUUUCUUGGAGAAGUAUGAAUGUCUGCAUAAAGCUGUGGCACAGUCUUUUGAUGGCACCACAGCAGUGUCAUCCGGACUAAAUGGAGUGCAGGCCAAAAUUAAAGAAAAGGCGCCUUUGGCCUUGUUCAUACACUGCUAUGCACAUCGACUGAAUUUAGUACUGACCCAAGGAGUCUCAAAGCUUAAAGAAUGCAAGAUCUUUUUUGCCCACCUCAGUGAGCUUGCUGCAUUUUUCUCCAGAUCUCCAAAGCGCGCGCAACUACUGGACGAUAUUUGCCAGCUGUGUCUUCCUCGCACGGCACCCACUCGUUGGCAGCACACCUCGAGAUUGGUUAGUACAGUUUUUGAGAGGAGAGAUGCUCUCAAGGAGGUGUUCAACCACAUACUGGAGCAUCACGACGAAUACGACGAGGACUCGGUUCGUAGCGCUGAUGGAUUUCAUGCACGUCUGGAUAACUUUGACUUUUGUUUUUUGCUGCACGCGUUCAAUGGGAUCUUUGAGCAUUGUGAUGUGCUUUUUGGAAUACUCAAGAACAAGCCAUUGGAUGUGCAGUUGUGCCUGGCAAGGGUGAAGGAGUUUUGUGACACCAUUGAGCUAGAGAGGGAGCGCUUUAGUGCGAUCUACGUCUCCACUGUGCACAUCUUAGGCCCUCCGAGCACACAGAAUGGCCCAGAGCAAGGAGACAUUCAGGUGCAGUACCAGCAACUCCACAAGAAUGUUCUGGACAACAUUCUUUGCCAGCUACAGAAUAGAUUUCAUGAUCACAAGCAAUUAAUGUUUCUCUCCCUCCUCGACCACCAGCAGUUUCAGACUUAUAGGUCAAAAUUCCCACAUACAGCCUUCUCCAGCUUGACAAAGAGCCACGGAACGCUAUUUGAUCUUCCCCGUUUAAAAACAGAACUGACUGUGAUGUAUGCUAUGCUCGACUUCAAAGGGAAAUGUCCCACAGAGGUCCUCGAUUUCCUACACCAAAAAAAUCUAAGUGAGAGCAUGCCACAGCUGUACAGAUUGGCGUGUCUGACCGUCACGAUGCCAAUGUCAACAGCGACUCUACAGCCGACGUGCUCUGCCCUCAAGAGAGUCAAAACAUAUGCCCGGAAUACGUUGGGACAGAGUCGACUCGCGGCGUUGGCCUCCAUGUCGAUAGAAAAGGACUUUCUGAUGGACCUGAAACGCAGAGAGCACCUCUAUGACAGAGUCAUCGAAGUCUUCCUGCGGAAAGAAAGGAGGAUGGAUUUUGUCUAUAAAUCAGCAUCUCUGUCAUCAGUGAAGAAGAUCCUCCCUCUGACCAGCAGUAGUGGACAAAUGACACAAAUGUAGAGAAGGAGCCACUGAGCCAGUUCCCAGUGAUUGGUGUGCCUGUGAAGGCUGAAGUUGAAGACAAAGGUAAAAGUGGGGAGAAGAGAGAAGUGGACCCUCCAAGCAGCUUCUCCACUCACCACAUGACGAGAGAAGCUGAUGGAGACCACCGUGGAGGAUCACAAGCAGACAACCUCUUAGCUCCACGUAACGUGUGACAUUGUGUGUAUGACAUUCACAUACUGUGGCCGAGGGAAUACUCAUAUUAAAUAAAAUCUCAAAAAAUGUUCAACUACAAAGUCCUGCUGACAACACCACCUAGGAAAGGGACUAGGGCCCAAUUUGAAGUUUGAUAGCCAGGGGUGAGCGGUAAUAAAAACAGAUUAAAAAUCGUACAGUGGAUUUAUUACAAUAAGCGAUUAAACCACCAUAAAACAUGCUGGGGGAAAAAAAUAAUUACAAAUGAUUAAAAUAGCCUAAAAACAUCCAAUUAAAAAUGAGCAGGAAUUAAAAAUCAGUGAGCGCUUAUCCAGAUGAGGGGUGGGGCACCACACGGUCGGACCAGGAAUUCCAGUCCUCCUUCCGCCGUUACCUCAGUCAUGUUUUCUUCAAAUUCUGUACUCAUUUCGAUUAUGUAAAACGAUACUAUUCAACACAUCGAUUCUUCGUGCAGGAUCAGUUCGGCUAGCGUAGCCUGCUAGUUGCUAACAUAGAGACGCAGAAGUUAGCUGCGCAUGCGUUCAUCGCCAUUUUGGAUAACGUGUCUUGGGGUUUUAAAAAGUUAGCAAGACGAUAUACUUUCCGCGUUGAUUUACUUGUCGCAUACUUUUUGUCGGGAAUAUUAAUUACUGUUCAGACAAACUCGUCUCAGUAAACUUUUAAGCUUCUCGGGUUAGCUAACCUUUCCUUUUCCUUUUUAAAAUUCCUGACACAUCACCCCGCUAUUUGAGAAACACUGCUUCAAGUCUUUCUGCCUUUCCAUCUGCUCCCGCGGACACACAGUAUAUCCGUCUGUGUCUCGUCGAAAGUAAUCAAGGAAAGAAAAAAAGGUUUGCUGGCUAUACAGUGCUAAUUUUUUGCCCUUCUUCGACCGACCGAAGUGCCGCCGCAUUAUGACGUCACGACUGCCAUCUUGCGGCGGUAUUUAAGACUGUUUUCGAUGAGCGCUGAGGAAGAUAGAAGAGCAGCAAAAGAUUUUGCAAUCCAAAUGGUUUUUAUUUGAAAAAAUGUGUGCAGUUCGAUUUCAGUUUAAUGACAUACUAAAUGGACACACCAUAAACGCAUUUUCGUGAUCAGUGAUGUACGCUUUUCUUAUCCAAAAAUACUAAAUCUGAAUUCACAGGGGACUCCGGUAUCAUACACACAGCAGCUCAUCACUUUCUAGGCGACGUCUCACGUGUACCUUUACACUGCGAUGGUCUUUUAUGCACAAACUGGACAGGAAAACAUUAAUUUACCAUUGUGUGUUCACGUGUACGGCCAGUGUUUUUAGUAGAACAGCUUUUACCACAAACUACGCAAACAAAGGCGUUUUCUUCUGUGUGUGUCAUAUUUGACUCUGAAGAAAAUCUUUUACCACAUACUGAGCAACUAAAAGCGUUGACUCCUGUGUGUGUGCAUGUGGACCAUCAAACUGCUGUUCUGAGUGAAUGUUUGAGCACAAAGUCAUCAAGAAUAUGGCUUUUCGCCAGUGUGUGUUCUCAUGUGUGUCAGCAUAUUUGACUUCAUUGAAAAUGUUCGACCACAAAUUGAGCAACUAAAAGGUUUUUCUCCUGUGUGCCCGCGCAUGUGGACGGUCAAACUGUUGUGCUGAGUGAAUGUUUUGGCACAAAGUGAACAGGAAUAUGGUUUUUCUCCUGUGUGUAUCCUCAUGUGUGUCACCAUGUUUGACUUCAUUGAGAAUCUUUUACCACAAACUGAACAAAUAAAAGGUUUUUCUCCUGUGUGGGUGAUUUUGUGUUGAAUCAAAUUACACUUUCGAGAAAAUCUUUUACCACAGACUGAGCAACUAAAAUGUUUCUCUUCUGUGUGCGCCUGCAUGUGUUGAGUCAAGCCACACUUUUUAGAGAAGCUCUUCGCACAAUAUGAGCAGGGAAAACAUUCUUUACCUGUCUUCUUUUUAGAGUAUUCAGUGUGUUUGUCGCCAGUGCGAGUCCUCAUAUCACCUUCAAAGUCUGUAUCGCUGCUCAAAGCUUCUUGGGUGUCGUCACUGUCUUCAUCCUCAGAAGAGUGUGACGUUGUGUCGUCACUAUCUGAUAGUGGAGCUAAGAGGUUUUCUGCUUGUGAUCCUCCACAGUGGUUUCCAACAGCUUCUGUUGUCAUGUGUUGACUUGAGCCGCUCCUCACAGGCUCCGCACCUCUCUUCUCCUCACUUGGACUGUGAUGAAGCUGUGAGGACUCAGGUGGUUUGUCCUCAGUCUUCACACAGACACCAGUCAGUGGCAAGCUGGUGAGAUCAUCCUUCUCCUGCCGGAGACAAUGCUCGCCCUCCUGAGGGGUCCAGAGUUCCUCCUUUUCCUCUUUAAUAUGGGGAAUCGGGAUCCUGCUGCUUCAAAGUGGAGCUCCCUCUCUGCGGUUGAGGGGAACGUGCUUCUUGUUGACCAAUCAACUGCUGGACGUCUGCAGGAGACAAGAGACAUACACACUUUAGCUUAGACAUGUUAAACAUUAUGACAUGACUGGACAGACAGGAGUUCUUUCUACAAACAUUAAUUCACUCUCAGGGGUCAAUGACCACAAAUAUGUGGUUUACACCGGGCACAGCAUGUUGUUGUCUGGGACUCUAUGCCCCUGGUCGGGCCUCUCAAGGCAAACAGGUCCUAGCUGAUUAGGAAGACCCUAUGGAAAGCAACAGAAAAAGACUACCCCGGACAUGGGACACCAUGGCCUCAUUCUGGUUCCGGGGCAGGGGCUUGCAGGCAAGCACCUGGUAGUCAAGCCUUCACCAGUGGGGUCCGGCCAAGCCCAGCCCGGAAUCACAUGGGAGAAUCAAAACCACACGGUAUCCCCGCGUAGACCCACCACCACCUGUGAGGGGCAAACGUAAGCAUCCGGUGCACUGUGAGUCAAGAGCAGGACCCUUGAUGACCUGGUUUUGGUCAGCCAAAUCUGGUUCUUGAGACAAGGAAGAAUGUUCAGACACUUGUUAAACAGAUAGGUUAUUAUCUUAUCCCUCCACUUUAAACAUACUGUAUUGAGCUAUUUCAUCUUCUCUAGUUUUAAUUAGUCUCCUUGUAGGUGUAAACCUGCUUAGUCAUCUUCUCUUGUGAAUUUAAUGUUGAAAAUGUUGCACCAUUUUAGUCCUUCGUGGAGACUGGUGCAUUAUUUGUCUGUUUUUCACUUUUUCAUCCUGUUCACUUAUCUUGUCAGUUAUAUCCUCGUCUGUCUUUACCUCCCGUUCCUUCUUCUUGCAGCCUGCCAUUCGUAGUCAUCUUGCACUUCCAUAGUCCAACUAUCUUACUUUCACUUCUUGGCAAUGCUCCUUCACCCAAUAAAGUUCCAAUGUGCUUUCAUGUUAAUGAUCAAACAUUAAAGCCAGCAAACAUGUGAAAGUAAAGAAUGACACAAACCUGCUCUGUGUAUCACAACUUGAGGCUUCUUGAAAACCGCGUCCAGUAGU